AAUAGAUGUCACUAGCAGUCAGAAUAGAAAUAGGGCAAGAAGCUUGCCAGUAAAAUAAAGAUAUCUGUAAAAUUUUGAAUGUAAACUUCGCAACUUUAAGUGCAAUCAAUGUUAAUUUUGUCAUAAAUAACAAUAACAUUAGAACCAUCUUGAAAAGGUUUGUCGAUUUGCCACCAUUUUGCUAUUAUAAGACUACUUACUCAGCUAGAAUAAAAAAUAAAUGCUAAAGAAUAUACAAUAAAAAAAUGGCAAAGAAAAAAUUUGCAGUAUCGGCAGAAGGUCGCGAAGGAGCUCUUGCUCACGAAGAAGUCAAAUUGGUUAAAAAGAGAUUAAAGAAAUUAUGUUGUUGCGGAGGAGGAUGGAUUGUUGCUACAGUACUUCUGCUGCUGGUUGGUAUACUACUACUGGUAUACUUCACUAAAUAUUGGAAUGAUGAGACAACUAAGAAAAGAAUUUUUGCUUAUUUGGGUUUAGCGUUAUUACUUGCCGGAAUAGUAACGGGAGUGGUCAGUGGUAUUCUUUGUGGUCUUGUUUAUCAUGUUCUGAAAUAUAGCGAUAGAAAAUGGACUGCUAAGACAGAGGGGAAUAAAAAUCGUAAGAAGUACAAAUUUGGUGAAGCUCCUUAUCCUCAACAGCCUACAGAGGAUACUAGGGAGGAGACGAAGUUUGUUGGUCAAGUUCAACCAGAGGAUGUAAAAAUAGAAAGUUGAAGGUCGUUGUGAGGCUUAUUGAAAGUAAAUUCUCUAGCCCCUUUGCAGCAUUGAAGAAGUUUUAAAUGUUUACAAAUCGCUUUAUAUCAAUGAAAUGUAUCUCUUUUUUCUUCGAUUGCUUGCAAAGCCGAUUAAAUCAUCCUUUCGCUACUUAAUUAGAAGUUUUUCAUUUAUUUGCUCUAAAUAUCUAUCUACAUGUGCCGCUUAAUUCGUGUCCUCUUUCUCGGAAAUGAAAUAGAAAGCUUUUCAAUUACCUCACAAAGUCCACAACUACUCCUACUUUUAACUCGUUUCUAUUUACUAUGAAACUAUAAACGCUAUUCCACUAUCUCAUCGUUCAAGUUUUCAUUUAAAUUACUUAUAACAGUGUAUUUCUUUUCUUUAUAUUUGUUGUGAUCUUUUUUCAAACUAAUACUACUAAAACAAAAAACAAAGAGAAAAUUUCGGGCUAUUUUCUAUUAUUUCUGGAAUCUAAACAACAAUAUCUAUAAAAGGAUAUUCUUUUUAUACCUUUUUAUUUGCGUUUUAUUUGCUUUUUUAGUUGUUUUAUACAGAUAUUUACUAAUGCAGAC